AGGAAGGAAGGGGGCAGCCUGGCACUCGGGCUCGGAGGCGGCCGCCGGGCACCGGCACGGAGCGAGCCCGGGCGGAGCGCGGCACCCAGCGGCCGCUGAGGCCGGGCCGGCGGCAGUAGCUACGGCCGCGGCGGUGCCGGAGGGAGCCCCUCCGUGCUCGGCUCCACGGUGCCGGUGACCUUCCCGGGGCUGCUCGCCGCCCGCCAGGCCGGGGCAGGGCCUCUUCUCCCCGCGGAGAGUGUCCACCAGGCCCCGGGGAGAGGACGGGAGGCCGGGCCGGGAUCCCCCGUCGCCCCCGGGUCCUUCUGGCCGCCGGCGGGGCCUGUGCGCGGCGCGGCGCGGCGCGGCUCGCCGCCGGGGAGAGGGGCGGGGGAAGGCGAGCGGGACGGACGGACGGACGGACGGACGGACGGGGCCGGGCUGCAGCUCCGGACAGCGCGAAGCGAGGGGAGCGGACAGGCCCUGGAGGGAGAGCGCCGGGCGGAGGAGGAGGAGGAGGAGGAGGCAGCCACCUCGGCGGCGCACCCCGGGAGGAGCGGGGACCUCCCCGCCGCCCUCCUCCAACCUCCUCCCGCCGCCAGCCAGCUCCUCGUCCCGCGGAGAGCGAAGCCGCCGGUGCCGCCCCGGCUGGGACCCGCCGGCUGACACCUCGGGAGCGGCGGGGACGGAGCAGGAGCUGCCCGCCUGGAGCGAAGGCGGGGGAAGGACCGCUUGCCUGGGCGGAGAGGCGGGCGCUGAGCGCCCGUCCCGGCGGCCCGCCAGCCCCCCGGGGAAGGUGUCCUGUGACGGCCCUUGAUCAGCAAGGCUGCAAGUCAUGUAGAAGCCGCAGUAACUGCAGAGUCUCUGAUGGAUAACUGGAUUGGGCUAAGAUCACAGCUAACAAAUGAUGAAGCAACCUUUCUUUUUUUGGAGCUCAGGGAGUAAUAUGUGGGAGGCUGUGGAUUAUUUGCUUCCAACAUAGGAACAGCACUGUGUUGGGAAUCUGCACUCCUGAGAGAAUGCUGGGACUCUGCAGAGGGCGACGGAAAUUCCUGGCUGCCUCUCUGACCGUCCUUUUUGUCCCAGCCAUUACAUGGAUUUAUCUGUUUGCUGGGAGUUUUGAAGAUGGGAAGCCGGUGUCACUGUCUCCGCUUGAAUCCCAGCCCCACAGUCCCCGGUACGCGGCGUCGAGCCAGCGGGAGAGGGAGAGCUUGGAGGUCCGCAUGCGGGAGGUGGAGGAGGAGAACCGCGUGCUUCGCAGGCAGCUCAGCCUGGCGCAGAGCCGCAGCCCCCCGCGCCACCGCGGCAAUCACUCCAAAACCUACUCCAUGGAAGAGGGGACGGGCGACAGCGAGAGCCUGCGGGCUGGCAUCGUGGCGGGAAACAGCUCCGAGUGCGGGCAGCAACCAGCGGUGGAGAAAUGUGAGACCAUUCACGUUGCCAUCGUUUGUGCAGGGUACAAUGCCAGUCGGGAUGUUGUCACACUUGUCAAGUCUGUCUUAUUUCACAGGCGAAACCCACUCCACUUCCACCUCAUCGCAGAUGCAAUUGCCAAACAGAUCCUGGCGACACUGUUUCAGACAUGGAUGGUCCCUGCUGUGCGCAUAGACUUCUAUGAUGCAGAUGAGCUCAAGUCGGAAGUGUCUUGGAUCCCCAACAAACACUACUCUGGGAUUUACGGGCUGAUGAAGUUGGUUCUGACUAAGACUCUACCUUCCAAUCUUGAGCGAGUCAUUGUCCUCGACACAGACAUAACAUUUGCCACUGACAUUGCUGAGCUAUGGGCCGUCUUUCACAAGUUCAAAGGGCAGCAGGUUCUUGGCUUGGUGGAGAACCAGAGCGAUUGGUAUUUGGGCAACCUUUGGAAGAAUCACCGGCCCUGGCCAGCGCUUGGGAGGGGCUACAACACAGGGGUUAUCUUGCUGCUUCUUGAUAAGUUACGGAAGAUGAAAUGGGAGCAGAUGUGGAGACUCACGGCGGAGCGGGAGUUAAUGAGCAUGCUCUCCACUUCACUGGCUGACCAGGACAUCUUCAAUGCAGUCAUCAAACAAAAUCCCUUCCUUGUCUACCAGCUCCCAUGUUUCUGGAACGUGCAGCUGUCUGAUCAUACCCGUUCCGAGCAGUGCUACAGAGAUGUGUCUGACCUGAAGGUGAUUCACUGGAACUCACCAAAGAAGCUGCGAGUGAAAAACAAGCACGUGGAGUUUUUCCGCAACCUCUACCUGACAUUCCUGGAGUAUGACGGGAACUUGCUGAGACGGGAGCUCUUUGGCUGCCCCAGUGAGGCGGACGUUAACAGUGAAAACCUCCAGAAACAGCUGUCUGAGCUGGACGAGGAUGACUUAUGCUAUGAAUUUCGUCGAGAGCGUUUCACCGUCCAUCGCACCCAUUUGUAUUUUCUACAUUACGAAUACGAGCCUGCUUCAGACAAUACCGAUGUGACACUGGUGGCUCAACUUUCAAUGGACAGGCUCCAGAUGCUUGAAGCCAUCUGCAAACACUGGGAAGGUCCAAUCAGCCUGGCACUCUACCUUUCCGAUGCAGAAGCCCAGCAAUUUCUGCGCUAUGCCCAGGGCUCGGAAGUACUGAUGAGCCGCCACAACGUCGGCUACCAUAUUGUGUACAAGGAGGGCCAGUUCUAUCCUGUGAAUCUGCUAAGGAAUGUGGCCAUGAAGCAUAUCAGCACACCAUACAUGUUUCUCUCCGACAUUGACUUCUUGCCCAUGUAUGGACUCUACGAGUACCUCAGGAAGUCCGUCAUCCAGCUAGACCUGGCUAACACCAAGAAAGCCCUGAUUGUACCUGCUUUUGAGACCCUACGCUACCGCCUCUCCUUCCCCAAGUCAAAAGCAGAGCUGCUAUCUAUGUUGGACAUGGGAACCCUCUUCACAUUCAGGUACCACGUCUGGACGAAAGGGCACGCGCCAACGAACUUUGCCAAGUGGCGAACAGCCACCACCCCCUACCGCGUUGAGUGGGAAGCAGACUUUGAGCCAUACGUUGUUGUGAGGAAGGACUGCCCGGAGUAUGACAGGCGGUUUGUUGGAUUUGGCUGGAACAAAGUAGCUCACAUCAUGGAGCUGGAUGCACAGGAGUACGAGUUCACGGUGCUGCCCAACGCCUACAUGAUCCACAUGCCGCAUGCCCCCAGCUUCGACAUCACCAAGUUUCGCUCCAACAAGCAAUACCGCAUCUGUCUCAAGACCCUGAAGGAGGAGUUCCAGCAGGAUAUGUCACGCCACUACGGCUUUGCAGCCCUCAAAUAUCUCACGGCAGAGAACAACAGCUAGCACAACGGAGCCCGUGUGUGGGAGACGGGGACACCGGAGGGAAGAGCCACUCAACGUUUGAGGCCCGGUCUUCAAACUUUGAACUGAGAAAUACUUUCUGUUUUUAUAUCAUACUCAGCAGUUCUAACAGUAGAAAUUUGAAGUGACAUGUCUUCGGACUAUGCUCAUUUGUCCCUUCCCCGACUACUCCAGGCCUUUCAGCUUUAGCAUUCGUGAGGUGUCAGCAAGAGGGCCCGGCCACGUGCCCGCCACACCACCGGAGGUGGGGACUGGGCAGGGGCUGGGAAUGCACUCUGGUCUCUUAACUGCAGAGAAAAGACAGAGAAUAUAGGAUUUCAUGUUGCUAUUUAAUAAUUUGACAUGCUUUUUAUCUGUAAAGGAAGAUCUUCGGGUCGCUGUCCUGUGAAUUUCAAAUCUGCACUACUCUGAAAGGGAACUUUCACCUGUGAACUUUCACAGGGGCCCUGUUAACGUGGAUGACCUUGUUAAUGCAGGAUGAGCCAAAGGUCUGAAUUAGCCUUGAAAACAAAGGGGACGCUUAUACAAUACUGCACUCCAGAGAAGGUGUGUUACUGGUUUAGGUGUAUACAUGAUAACGGUUGGUCUUUUAUUCUCAAAUUAGUUGUUUUUAUCAGGAAAAUCCCUUAUACCCCACCCUGCCUUUCCCUCAGUCCUAAAUGCUGCUCCUUUCCUUGCCAAGGAAAUGUCUCCCUUGUGUUUCUUUCCCAUCUUCAGUUCUGGUGGUCCAGUGAAGAAGAUCAGUAGCUCUGCCAGGAAGUGAACAAAACUUGUCAGUGUAAGUUCUGUUUUCACCAGAGCAACUUGUUUGUGUGUAUCUCUUAAAAUAAAGGGCGUGGCUGUAACUCUUUAUCUUUUUUAGGCAAGAAUUAGAUUUUGCCUAUAAGACACAUUGUGCAGAGGGAUAUUGAUUUGUAGGCUCAUUUCAGUGCACGCCCAUCCAUGAAGGCAUUGGGCCUUGGGCUUUAAGUGGACUUCUUUGCUGAACAGGGAAUAUAAAUAUGGCAACUAGUAGCCUUGGUGCUCUCCUGCUGCCUGCUGCAAGGUCUCAGAACUACUUCGUUAAAGAAGUUUAUAAUUAAAAGGAGCAGAACUGUUAGGAAUAAACUCCCCAUUCGAGGGGGAGAAAAAAAUGUGUUGGGAAUCUGAGUGUGAGUGUUUGAUUGAACGUGAGCUGGUGCAGUUCACAACUUCGGUACACACAGGAGUAUGCUGGAGGGCGGACAGGAAACCUAACAAGCAAAAUGCAGAAAACAAGACACUGGACUUUUUACCAUUUUCUUUAUUCUUCAGUAUUAAUGUUGUGUUUACAUGGGAUGAAGAGAUGAGGUUUAAUGCACUACCCCUUGCAGGGCUAUUUGUAAUUUCUGUCGCAGUGUUAAUAGAGAAAGCAGAAACAACUCAGUGAGAAAUGCAUCUGUCUCCCUACCCCAGAUCCCCAUACAACCACACGUACCAAUACCACUGCCUGAGUUGGGAAAUAGAUCCACAUUGAGUUCUGCUCACUUCUUUUUCAUUUUGUUUUUCAUCCACUGGACCUUCUACUUUCCUCCCCACCUCAUCCCUCUAGAGCUUGGUUUUAUUUCUAACCUGACAUUUGAUGAGAGUUUUCUGUUACGGUGGAAACCAUGUGGUUAAACCAGACAUUUAAACUACAAAUAUCAGUUCAUCAUGCUGUGUACAUAUCAGAUAAGCCAAAAAAGGCAACAUCUUUGAAAAGAAAUAAAAAGGGGCGGGAGGCUACGUGUAAUUUUUCACUUUUUCCCCUGAGAGUGUUGGCUGCGUAAGAAUACAUCACUGCAUAAUUUUCCAGAGUGUUGUCCUUCUAUUCUUAAUGUCUUUAUGUCAAGAUUUACAUAAAAAGCUGGGAAGAGCUGGGAAGAAGUGAAAUGAGUGCUCAGUCCUGGCUAAGAUAUAUUCUUUUAAAAAACCCAAAAUCUUAGCUCCCCAAGUCCCAUAUGCCUCACCAUUAAGGGUCCAGGUCACUGUGCUUGUUGAGAAUGAGAAGAACCCUGCAGCACAAAGUCCUGACGGUUAGCUAAUGUGCAGAAAGGUAACGAAAACUGAUCCUGAGAGAGCCUAACACUGGUUGUACCUACAUACAAUCUCCAGUCAGAGCUCCAGUGUGGCCACCGUUAUGUUUCAUAUAUAUUAAAAACUUUCAUUUCCAGAUGUACAUUUCUCCUUGUCUGGACAGAGUUGCCCAAGGACGGACUGGAUUGCCCUGCAGCAGCAUAACCUGUAGCACGGACCUGUACGUUGUUUGGAUGUGCCAUUAUCAACAUGAACAUUAUUCCCUCCUCAGUGGUCAUGAGAUGCGGAUGGGGGAGCAGGGAGGUAAUCCUUUGCUACUUGCCUGUCUGUACAGCGAGUCACAGGACCUCCUGGGUAGGCUCGGUUGUACUGGCUGGUGUAACCAGCUCAAAGACUGGUAGUAGGUUUGAAGAGCUCCCUUUUUUUCCCUUAUUAGACACUGUACUGACUUGUAUCUGUCACGUCGUGCUUGUCUGUGUGCUUCAUAAUUUUGGAGGUGUGGGGCCUGGGUUUUUUUAACAUGUUUCAGCCAAUUUACAUGAUCGCAACUUAGGAUUAUAUGUCUGUCUGUAAGUGCCAGGGAUCCUCCAACACCGUGAAGAAGCCACCACAGACAACGACAAAAAUCCCCAACUCAGUUACAACACUGACUGUCUUCCAGUCCUCUGGUGUAGUAGGUAUUUGCUAGCAACUUUGUUAUUUAAUUCUCAGUUUUCUCCUGAAAUCUUCAAAAAAUAUCAGAUAAACCUGAUGACUUAAUGCCUUUGAUUUAUUGAUUUGUUCCACCAACUUCUCUCUUGAGUCUUCAGUCUCCUUAUCUUUGUUAUUUGGAAAGUGUGAGUCUCUCAUUUAGAUAUCAUUUCAGCACUCUCUCUGGUGAAGGCUGAUGCAAAUAAAUCAUUUCAUUUAGAUUCUUGGCAAUGUCCUUAUUGUCUUUAAUUGUUUCUUCUACUUAUUGUUUGGGGUGGCCUACCGGUUAUCUCCAUUUUUUCUGCUUUUUGGUGUACUGAGCAAAUGUGUAUUUUCAGUUUUAACUUCCUACUAUUUCCUCUUCAGAUUCCUUCUUAGCUUGCUCAAGCUCCAUCUUAACUAUUACAUGCCUUCCUUUCAGCUUUAUGAAGUUUUGAUUUCCAUUCUCUGAAGGUUUUCUAUUUGAUCUGAAUAACUUCUAGAUUUUCCAGUUUAGUCAUAGCAGCAUUUCUUUGUCCUUGUCUUCAGUUUAUCUAAGGGGAUACCAUAAUCCAUGGAUAUUUAUAAAUCCUUAUCAUUUUUAAUCUGAGGAUUUCAGGUUUUUUUUUCUUUUUAUUUAGGGACACUGAUUCUUUCUCUAAAGGGAAAAGAGAGGUUUUGCUUUUAAAUUUUUAUAUCAAGUAUCACCCUACUAUGUUUUGAGGUUUCGUAUUUUCCUCUUUUAACCUUCCUAAAUGCUAACCUUUUCCAAGUCAAGGGAUCAGAAAUAUAAUCUUAUGAAAUUCUUUUGUUCUUCUAAUUUGGACUCUUGACACAUUUUGUUCUGUGUCUCCCUUUUCCCUCUCCACUCCGAAAUAUUGACGCAUACGAGUCGCUGCAAACUUUUCAGUCCCAGACCCUGAACUGUGUAUUUCCCAGCAUCUUCUAACAUCCCAACACAUUUCAGACAUAAUUAUUAUUCCAAAUAAUAAUCUGUUGGCUGGCACCCGAUCUUCCUAUGUUUGUUUUCAUGCUGCUCCCUUUGAUACAACAGGCUUUGCAAGUUUAAGUUUUGAGCAAAGCAUCUGCCUUUAUUUAAUGCCUUACUGUAACCCUCUAAUAGGUUUCCAUGAUUUCUGUCUGUUGACACAGUAUAUACCUUCAAAUAUUUGGCUGUAGUUUACAUCCUGUCAUUUUCUGACCAAGUGUCAUCUACCAUUUGCCUACCUGUCAGACCUAGAAAAUGUCUUUGUUUAUCCCGAAUAGUCCUUAGUAUCUAUCAGAUUUUUUUUCCAAGUCCUGCCUUUAGUAAUUCCUUCAAGCCUUGCUAGUUUCCUAUGUGAGCAAUCUGCUUCCACCUCAUAAUUAGUGAUUUUUUUCUAUUUGUAAUCAUUGUCUUGGACUCUGUGACAAAAAGGAAUUAGCAGCUGUACCUGCAGUUCCAUCGCUUUUGUUAGACUGAAUAUCACAUAUGCUCACAUUAUUCUUAAAGUACUGAUUUUUUUUUUUUACCUGGAAGGCUUCAUGUGGUUUGUAUGGAAAUCAUAAACUGCAUUUUCCUUUUACUGAAACAAGCAGGAGCACUUUGUAGUGUUAUUUGCAGUAGCUGUUGCAGCAGAGUAAGCCCUGUGUUAGAGGGAAAAGCACAAAAACCUUGUGAGACUUGUAGCGACUGUUUCUCUCUGCAGGGGAAAAUAAGGCCCAAGCACACCUGAGCAGUUUUAUAAAUGCCCUGCACAAAAUACAUUGCACAUUGUUUUCUGGUAGGUAUAAAUCGUACAUCGUCCAAUUAAAUAUGAAAAAUACAUUUUUAAUGUUCUCAUUUUUACAUGCAGUUCCAUCUAGGAGAUAAUGCAUUUCCUUCUGUAUCUUGCCAGUUUCCCCCAUUACUCCAGCCUGCCUAAUAGCCCCAUCUGUUUUUGGCUGAGAAAGAUUAAUGACCAGCAGCACUGGGAGUCCAGGCAAAUCAGCAGAGAUAUUACUCUUAAGGCUUGCACAGGACAUCCCUUCCUACUCUGCCAGCUACUGUACGGGUGUUCCUCGGGUUUCAGUGCAGCAACAGGAGAGCACAGCAAACUCGGCAAGUAGGGUGAGCAUCAUUAUUUAUGAACUUCAACAAGGUCUAAUACAUUAGAUGGUGGGAGUGCUAAAAAAAGAAUGUAUCAUUGUUGGCUCAAAAAAUAUUUCAGUUUUAGGAAAAGAAAGUGGCUAAGUUUCUACAGCUCCAGUAAGUGAGACUGGAACAAAUAAGUCGCUAGUAGACAAUGACAGCCAAUAACCUAGUAUUUCCACUGCAGUAUUGAAAAUGCAGGAGCUUUGAUAGCUAAAUGAAGUCAUUUUUACAGUAGUAAUUCAUAAUGUAUAUUUAGAUGGUAUGUUUACAUCCAAACAGGUGAAUUGGGGAUGGUUUGAAAAUUGUUACUUUGGUUCUCAAUAUAAAAUUAAGACUGGAAAAGCUUCUGUCUGUGCACAGCAAAUUAUGGCUCAGGAAAUGCUUACAGACCUGGAUUUAGAAAUACCUUGCUUUUAUAGGAGUUUGUUUUCAUCAGUAGUUAUACAUUCCCAAAAUAAGACACAAAGUCCUUGAGAAUUUCAAAAGGAGCUAUGUACGUAUCAGUUGGCAGGAACAUUUUGCUCUUAACGACUGCUUGGGAUUAGGGGUUUGUUUGCUCUGCAGAGUAGAAUUGUUAUGAUCAGUUGAAAAAAAUAAUCUGGGAAUUAGAAAGCCAGACAAAUAUUUAUUUGUGUGAUGGAUCAUAUGACUUUAUUUGUCAAGACAUGUUAAUGGGUACUGCAGUGGAAGCGUUAGCUCACUGAGGGUGUCAAGAUGCAAAAGUUCUGAAACCCUGGCUAAGAGCUUAGUAUCUUUUCAGCCAUUCUGUGCAUUAUUUCCCCUCAAAGGAUGAGAACAGCUGCCUCCCAGCUAAUUACUGUUUAUGUAGGGUUAAAAUGUCCUAACCCUCUGGCAACAUGGAUUCAUGGGCAGUCACUGUGCAGGCUGCAUUUGAGCUCCAUGGUCCAUUGCCAUGAGAUUCAAGAUUUCAAUCCAAAAGAAGUAGUUCUGACCUGGGGGUAAUUCUCCGAUCAAGGGUACAGACACCACUCUUACAAAUAUAUUCAAGAAGAGAUCCCCAAACACUUGAGGACAGGUAAUUCAAGCCAAGCUAGGCCUAUUCCUCAGUAUUAUCACAACAUAAUUCUCAGACAAUGAUGUGUGAAUUUUCAACAUUAACCAUUGUAUCACAAGACUCCUGCUAAGGCUGCAAAGCAGUCGUGUGAAAGUUAGAGGGUCUGAAAUUUCAAGUUGCUGGUGGAGCAGGUGAUUUGCUCAUACAACUUCUUUCUGUCCCCUGGCACAUACAUAAUAGGGCAUAGUCUACACAGUCAUUCACUGGGUGGGGUUUAGAGGACUCCUCCUUUAUUCUGUGCACAGAGUGGAUGGUACUCAGGGAAUGAAGCAGUGAGGUGAAACUUCUUUUUACUUUUGCUCUCAUUGAGCUUUUCAUAAUAUGCUAGCUGCCUUGAUUCUGAGCAAAGCCAGAUUUUUUUUCUUCUUUUCCAAAGGAGAGGUUUAAACUGCGAUUUAAGAAAGUCAAUUAUCCCCCGUGCUCCCAGGCUUUCUGAGCAGAAUGCCUGCAGUUCUGUUCUACAGGCUUUUCUUGUGUGGAGGGCUCCUGCGGAGCUGAUGGAAAUGACACACUCGGAGGCCUUGUAGCACUCGCCCCCAACUCAUGAAUGAUAACUGAACAUGCAAGAGUGAUGAAUCCCAGCUCUCUCCAAGCAUGUCUGCUCCAGCUCUGGGAGCACUCUAAAGGCUAUUGGCAAUCUGCCGGGUAAACAGUGAAAAGAUGGAGUAAAUAAUUGGGGCUGUCAUGAGGGGUUUAGGUAGCCAAAUUUCCAGAGGAAUGAGGAAGGCAAAAGCUUCCUGAGGUCCCUCUGAAGAUCUGUUCGUAGGAUCUGUGGCUUGGACUAAGCUAAUUCUGGAUCUCCGGCAUUUCUUAUCCAACACUGGUCCAUGUGGCUCACAUGUAGUAAAUUCUAUAGGUUGUAAAAUUCAUGAAAGUCAGUGCUGAGAUUAAACUAUUCUCAGCUCAAAGACAUUUAAUUUGUUUAAAUUCUUUGGAUUCCCACAUUGCUCCUUUGGUGCUCAUAAGAAAAAGAACAAAAACAACAAAAAAAGAGAUAAUAGCAGCUUGCUAACAAUAAGUCUGACUACCCAGCCUUUUUUAAAUUGUCAGCACCGAGGUCAAUGGUUGGGGCAAAGCUGGAGUUAGCGAAGUUCGUAGAAUUUCUUCUUUUGAUCUGCCUGUGGGUCUGAUGUUCCAACGGUGCUCUCCAGUGAUGCUAUAAGGAAAUGAAAAGCUAUCCAAUGCUGAUUGAUCCAUGGACUCUUCAUCCAGUCGGAACUAACCACAAGCAGCAGGAAGGAGGCUGCAGCACUGUCUGCUUUGAGUUUUUGUAGAUGGGAAUAGUGAGUUUAGUAUGAAACCUAUUAUUCUGAUGAUAGACUUUGCUGAGCUUUUCUGCAUUCUAGAUGUAUACUUGCCAUGAGUGACAGAGGCCCCUUGGGGUUAGGAAGAGAUGGGACUCACCAGUUUUCUGGUUCAGAAUGAGAAGAAGAGAUAUGUGUAUUUUCCCUCAACACCUUGCCCAGUGUUUACUAAUUAUAUUAGCAUCAAUGAAUCCAGCUAGCCUGAGGCUCAGUGUCCAGGCUGAGCAGUAGGCUUCUCCUGUCUGUGUUGAUAAGAGGCCGGAUAAACAAAAUGAUGGAUGCUUUCUGUCCGUAACACCAAUGAAUAUUGCCAUACAAAUUCAAAUGGCUCAGGGAGGUUUUCCAUCUUUUACCUUUCGCUGUUAGGGUUUAUUCAAAGAACAGCAAAGGCAGUCCAAAAAAAAAACAGUGAAGUCUGUAAGGACCCACAAGGAUGAACAUUCACAGAGAUUUAUCAAUGCAAAAUAUCCACCAACUUAACCUGCCAGCUUUUGUCAUGAACACAGAGAAUACAGGCACCAUCGUCUUCUUUCUGAUUACACUUCAUAGAGCAAAACAAGUGCAUGUUAUAAAAACAACUCUCUGAAUCAGAUCACCCAAGACCCAAAUAUUUUAUAAUUUUUGUUGUUUUCAUUUCCAUUUUCAUAUGUGAAAUAAACAGCUUGCAAAACUUUUUUAUUUCCUUAAGCUGAUACAGCUUUCUUCUGCAUCAGUCAGACUUGCAAACAUUACAGCAUUGUCUGGGGUGAAGAAUAGAACUGAGGGGUUGUUGAGAUGUCCUCAGCACCCCUUUAGUGCAGAGAGAGCCUUUCCUGUAGUCAGGGCGAUUUUUCUUUCCUUUGUGCUGUCACAGAUUGUAUUUCUAUCCUAGCAGCAUAUCUUCCAAUAAGUAUGAAAGACUACUGUCUCGUGCUAGACCGCUGCAUGAGUUCAUUACUAAAGCAAUGUUUCUGGCACGGCCUCCACACAAAGUUAUUCUGCUGGGGUUUUUUCCAAUCUUAAUCUUCAAGCCUACACCUGAGAGAAAACUCAGCAAUUUGAAGCUGUAAGGAAGUGAUCACUAUGCUUUGUUUUAUUUUUAACAUAUUCUGUCCACUACACCUAUAUAUCCUCCAGAAAAAUAUUGUUUUGAGAGGAAGAGUCAUUGCAAGUAAUUCAAUGGGACAGAAAUCAACAGCAUUUAUGAAGAUAAGUAACCUAUUCAAGCCAUAAGUUUUAGCACGAGUUUCUGCAAUUUACAAAUGUGCUACUAUUUCUGUAGGGCUCAAUUUCAGGAUCCUUCUUCAGCCAACCAGGUUUUCCACUUUUUUUUCACAUUCCCAUUCUGCUGCACCCCUACAUCCAUGUUUAUACCUGCCUUAGGCAGAUGUUGGCAGGUAUUUGAAAGACAGUAUAUACAGUUUCCAAAGUGCUGAGGUCUGGUUAUAUCAAUUACAUUAAAAAAAAAAAAAAAAUCUUUCCAUUGCUGGCUCCCUUAAACCAGCAAGAACUCAUUUAAAAAAAAAGAGAAAACCAAAUAUUUGGGUUGGUGGGGGAGAAGAGAGCAAGAGACUUAGGCCUUUAAUACCUUUAAUAACAAGAUCAGGUUACUUAGGGCCUGACGCAUUACUACAGGUUGGUAGCCAUGCAUAAGAUGACAGCAGUGAUUUUGUGUGACUCUGGAAGAAACAGUGACUUCAGAACACUUGACAUAGAUCGUUUGGUUGGAGGCCAUAGGUUUCACUUUUCCUGUGCAUUUGGAUUGCCUUUCACAAAGCCAUCUCCCAGUAGCACGGUUCCCAGAGGACAAGCGCUAACUAAUAUAAGAAGUGUAUAAACACUCCCUUUCCUCCCACGCUCUAUAGAUCAUGACGGCAUCACUUACUCUGUUUCUCUACCCUACAGCAGAGGGGCCAAAGCAUGAAGAAAGGUAGCACCGAAGUGAUCUAAAUACCAAAUGUACCUUGCCAUGCCAGAAUUCCGAGGUUUUUGGGUGCACGGCUGGAAAUGUUCAGGCCCAGAUUCAGCCCAUGCAACUUGGCAGCUGCCUGAGACCCACGGUGUUGGGGUUGGUUGCCUUAGUUUCCUCUGAUAGUCAAUGGGGUGGGUGAGCAGGAUGUCUGCAAAGGGCACUUCUGUUUCCCUAAGCCCUCCAUCACCCUUUGCUCUCCGACUAGCAGAAAAGUUCACAGUGCUUGUGGGCCCCACACAGGUGCCUCUGGUGUGCACCUGCCCGAAGUAACAUGGUACAAAUCUGGGCCAGUGAGCAUCAGUUUUAGAGCUACCACCUACUCAUUUAAGACUGCAGGUGUCAAAAUCCCCGGGAAACUAAGCAGUGCUACAAGGCCAUAUACUCAAUAUUAGCUGACAAAUUUGAAAACAGCAAUCUAUAUGAUGGAAAACGUGUGGGCGGCUCAGCCGUGGGAGGGGAGUGAUUUGUGGACUCCAGAGACUGUGAUACAGAUUGUGACAGACAGCUUGUGCUAACAGCCAGGGAAGCACUUGUUUUCAGCACAAAGCUGUGGGUUUCAUAACGGUGGUUAAAAUAUUAUCCCCAGCAUUGCUGGUCAAGGUGUGCAACAUUCAUGGCACUGUAUUAUCACUGUGCAGCUCUGCUGAGAGUAGGGGCAGCAUUUGCAAUGUGUCAGACAGCACUUUUACAAAAGUGCAGGUAAGAAAUCGGUGAGAAACAAGGGGAAAAAACUCCAACAGCCUUUCAUGUGUGUUUCUUCUUAAGACUCAAACCUCAUUCCUUUUCUGUCACGACCAAGGUGGUUCUGCAUUCUCCAGGGGAAAACUGGGAUGUCGUGAAUUUUAAGGUGAACCACGCAUGAAACAAGGCUUGUGAUUUCCUUGCAAGGCUUGUGUCACUGAAGGGUUUUGAAUUUUCAGCUCACCACCCUGUCAGUACGUUACCUGACUGGCUGACCUUCCGCCUGAACUAAUACUGAAAUCUUUUGUUUCUCUCCCCAGGUUGGGGAAAGAUCCUUAAGUAACAUUUGAGAAAAGAAAAAAAAAAAAAAAAAAAACCAAACCAAAACGUGUCUUCUUUCCUUCUGCUGCCCCAUCUCCCAAGCACCUCCCCCUCCAGGGUUAGACUGAGGCAACUUGCAGUUAACACAAACCACUUAGUUUACAUGUAUGCUUCAGUCCGUGUGUAAGUUUUCUAGGUGACAGUUUUAUCAAGGAAAAUGCUGUUUAGAUUGUGUGUGCAAAAUAAAUGGCUUGUAAA